UAUACUAAGAAAUUCUAGUUAUCUCAAGUUUUUACAAAACAUAAAUACAUCACCAAAAGUAGGUGUUGAGCUUACUUUAAGGCUCUACUGCGUGUGUAAAGACGAUCUGUCGUUGCUUUGGUGCACGCAAAAUGGAAUCAGAAGCUGAUACCUCAGAAUCCUUAAUAGUGCAAGCAAGAGAUAAGAAUGAUAUUGAUAGAAGAAACAAACAAUGCAACAUAAGCACGGCAAACCAGGAAAAGGAGCACACUGGUUUUGAAGAUGAGCUACAAACAGAUGGCACAAAAGGUGAUGAGCAAAUAAAACCAAAUCUCAAAGUGGGAGAAGGCAACAAUGAAUACACAGAUGGUGAAUGUUUUUUGUACCCACCAAGUGUAGAAAAGGUUGCUUGCGAAGACAAUUUUAGGCAAUCAGAAGAUUGCCCAAAAGCAAUAUCAGAUGAUACAAAAAUCACAAUUUCAAAGAGCAAUGACCAGAAGGAGGCCAAUAAAAAGGUUGAUACUGCAGAAGAGGCAGAAGAGCAGCCUAUUGAAAGUCCAGGUGUAGAUGCCAAAGGCAAAACAACUUCAGAAGGUGUUAUGUCUACUGAUCAAGAACUUGAAAGUGGGCUACACAGCAAAGAUGAGGUGAGUGACACCGAGAGGGACAACAAAGGAAUUCUUGAGAUAGAUGGUCAUAUUGAUUAUAUGGAUAAUUUUAGUUCACUCAAGAAGGAAACGGCAGAACUUCCCAGGGAUCCAGCAGCCUCACCUGGAAAUUUUGAAGCAAGCGUUUCUGCAGCAGAUCACUCGGAGAAAGCAUCCAGUUUAGUAGCCCAAGGACCAGAAAUCAAGGCAGAUACUGAAAAAAAGAAAACACAGAGAGAUGAAGUUGAGAAGAUGACAUCCAGUGACUUGGAAGAUUUUAAUAUGUCACAAACAUCUAAUUUAACAAUUGACGAUAAUAAAGAGUCAACGUCAGAAAUAAUGAAGGAUGUUCAAGAGCUCGGUAUCAGCCCUUGGGAGAGCACUGAUACAGUUGAGGAAAAGAAAGAUUUGCAUGAAGCUCGACUAGAUUGUAAUCUAGAAGAGGCAUCCAAGUCUUUAUCUGAAAAAGAAUUUGAGGAAUUGAAUGGAUCAAGUGACACGUUAAAAAGCAAAGUAGAACUUGAAUACAAGAAUAUUGAAAGCAAUACUGAGAGCCUAGGGGAAGAAAUAGACAAAGACAAAGGGAAGAGAAAUGAAGAAGAUACUCUCUUAUCUAAUACUACUGAAUCAGGGAAUUCUAUCAAGGGUACUCCACAAACUGUCAUGGUAAAGCAUGAACCUGAAGAAUGCACAUUGAAGGAAAUGAUGAUGCAGGAGGGAAAAGAGAGAGAAAAUCUAGACGAAGCUUUCACAUUGACCUCAGACAAUAAUGGGGCAGUUGAACCAAUUGAGGAGAUUGCAUCCUCUGACCUGGGAGAAGCCAGCUCAUGGAUUGCUAAUUCAAAAGAUCAACAAGACGAUGUUGACACAUUGGCAUUUAGAAACUGUGACACUGCUGAUAUUCAUCAAGACAUUACUGCUGAGGCUAAUCUCAAAGGAACAACUGACUUCAAACAGAGCAUGAUAUCUCUGAAUGAAGAUGAUUCAUGUGUUGGAGAUAAUACAAUCGCUAAAAAGAAAAGGUGUGGCAAGGAAGAUGUUGGCUCCGAAUCGCAACCUGAAGAACAAGAGAAACAAGAAAUUGAAGAUUCAUCACAGGAGAAACUUGAUGAUGCACUAGCCUCUGAAGCAAGUAAAAACACAGAAUUCACAAGUUCAGAUAGAAAGUCUGAAGUAGAGACACAGAAAAUGAUUGUGGGCCUUGGAACACAUAUAACAAAAGAGGAAAAAAUUCCAGAGAUUGUGGAAACAGAACCAGAGACACAAGCGACACAAAUUCAGGAAGAACUAACUGAAUCUGAAAACAAAGAAAACAGAAUAGCCAACACCGAUAAAGUCUCCAAAUUGAUAGAAAACAAGGACAAGGAUUCAGUGAAUGGCGAGCAGCUUUUAGAGAAAUUCUUAGAAGAUGAAACAGCCGAAGAAGUUUCUAAUACCAAGCAAGAUACUGAAACUACAAGUGAGGAUGUUGUCAGGGAAAGGCCAUCUAACACACCAGAAGAGAUUAGCGAGGAGCCACAUAAGCUGCCAAAACAGCAAAAUGAUAAAUCGGCGCCAGAAGCAAGUAAAAUAACAAAUGAGGCUAUUUUCAGUGUGAUAAGCAGAGAACACAACCCCCAACAGGAUGACCAGUUCAAGAACUCCAUUGAUGUUAGCAAUGUGGUGUCUAUGUCAACAGAAAAAGCAAACCAAGCUCAAGAAAAUUAUGACAGCAGUGAUAUCACUGAGCUAGACAGUGAAAGACACAUUAGAGAGUCAAAAAACAUAGAUGUCCAAAAGGAGAGAAAAGUAUCUAGGUCCAAUGAGACAAAUGGAACCGACAUAGUAGAAGAUACUAACAAGGUCAACAACCAAAUUCAAGAAGGGAACAAUGACCCGGCAGAUGAAAAUCAGAGUUAUUUCGCUGACUUUGAAGAACAAGGACUAUAUGGUGAUGCUGAAGAAGCUACUGCUACCAGAAGCACUUUUGCCGCCCCUUCAUUUGAUAACAUGGAAUUACCUGAAAGAGAGGAAGCAGCUACAAAAGUUGAAAUUUAUAAUCAAGAAAACGAGGAUGCAAACAACAUAAAGGAUAUUGCUUCUGUAGAUGAGAGUGUCGAACCUGCUGAUGCUGUUGAGAGGCUUGAUAGUUGCACAAAACCAGAUGCUGCUUGUGAAGAUAAUGUUACAUUUGUGGAAACAAGAAAAUCUGAAAGUGAAGAAAACAGCAUGGACUCGACCGAGCAAUGUGCCAUAUCUACUAAUAUUUUGCUUCGGGAAUAUUAUGAUGAGGAUCAAGCUCGGUGUAAUGCCAAAACAGAAAUUUUAGGGGCUGAGGACUGCGUGAGAAAGUCGGAAGAAGAAGAUGAGGUUGUAAAGGAACAAAACUUUAUUGAGGAGCCUCAAUGCAUAAAAAAAGAAGCUAUAGAGGAUGAUGUUCUAAAUGCUAUGAUGGAAAAAGAGGUAGAUGAUAAGGAGUUCAAAAACACGAAUUCAUAUCCUCCUCAACAUCAUGAUGACAGUAGUAUGCAAGGAAAUAAAGUUGAAGCACCUGAAAGAUGUGGAUUAACUGACGUUCAAGAAGUGGAAGAGCUGGAAAAUACAAGAUAUAAAGAGAGCAGCUUUGAUAAAGCAGAAGGAAACCAAGAGAACGUUAAAAUUUCUCAAAGCCAAAACGAAUUCACCAACAACGGUGUGCAGGUUACUGAAGCUGAAACAACAACAGAAACACACCAUGAAGAUCCAGAAGAUGGGAAAUUAUACAACAGCAACAUUGAUCUUUCAGCAAACCUGGACACAAAUACAAAAUCAAACAGCAUUGAAGAAGAAAAUGAUGAAAAAACACAUGCACAAACUAGUUUCAUUGAGAUUCAAGAGACAGAAGCAUUUAACAAAGAGGAGAGUGAGGAUAAAAGUGCUGAAGAAAGUGCCGCUUGCUUUGGGAAACAAGAUCAAAAAAUUGAUGAAGAAUCAGCAUCAGUUAUCGAACUCAAUAACAGUGUUUCAAGCGAAGAAUGCAUGAGGAUUUCUAGUAAAGAUAUUCAAGUCAAUGAAAUGGAAGAAGAAGCAACAAUAGAGAAACAACAUUGCAGUGUAGAGAGUGAUGAUUCAAGUAAUAUAACAGAGAGUGUUCCGUCAUACGAGAUAAGGAGAGUGGAUAUUGCUGAGGAGAAAUGGAAUUCCCAAAACAUUAUCGAAGUUAUGGAUCAGGACAUACACAACAAAUCAGAUAGCAUCGAAGUAUCACAAGAUGAAACAACACAUAAACAUAUUGGUUUUAAGGAGAUAACUAACACAAAAAUAGGUACCAAUGAAAAGAUUAUGAAUCACAGCUCUAAAGAGAGUGACUCUUGCUCUGCAAUACAGGAACACGAGACCGCUGAAGCAUAUACGCCAACACCACUAACAGAAGUGGAACACCCUAUUCCAAAUAAAGAUAUAUGCACUAGCAUCUCUACUGGAGAUAUUCAAGAUAGCGAAGCACAGGAAAAAGAAGCAAUGGACAAACAGAUUGAGGAUUUGGAUAAGACAAAAAAGGAACAUAAUGCACACAAAGGUGGAGGAAAGGAGACUUUACCAAAAAAUGAGAGUCCCAUGAACAUAUUGAAAGAGGGAAAAAUUCAGGACAUAAAUGCUCAAUUCAGCAGCAUUGAGAUACAAAAGGAGGCAAACACAGACGAACAAACUUGUUCAAGUGAGAUUCAUGAAACAAAGACAGUCAACAAGGAGAUUGUGAACCAAAGCUCUGAAGAGAAUGACUCUUGCAGUAAUCGUAACCUAGGUGAAGAGAUUGCUCAUGCAUCAACACUAGUUAAAGACAUUGAAAGUCCGGUUCCAAGCAAAGAUAAAUACACUGGGAGCUCUAGUGCAAAUUUUCAAGGGAGUGAACUUGUGGAAGAAGCACCAACUGAGGAACAACAUUGUGGUGCAGAGAAUCCAGAGAUGAUAACAAAUAAUGCUUCAUCAAACAAGGACAAUAUUGCUGAAUCACAAAUCAUUGAAGAACAAAAGGAUGAAAAACCAGAAGAACAAACUGACUCCUAUGAGAUUUGUGAAACAAAAGCGGCAAACAAUGAGGACUUUGCAACUCAAAACUCUAAAGCAGCCGACUCUUGUAGCAAAAAACAAGAUGAAGAGAUUCUAGAAAACACUGCUCCAAGCAAAGAUGAAAACACUAGGAUUGCAAGUGAAGAAUUUCAAGCCAGUGAAGUCAAGGAAGAAGUAACAAUCGACAAACAACAAUGCAAGCCAGAGACUGAGAAUAAAAAUAAGGAUGGUUAUUCACACAUGGUCACAGUAAUGGGUAUUACGACAGCACCAGAAAAUGAGAAUUCCACAGAAAUACUUGAAAAUGACAUAAAAGUUCAAUCACGCAGUUUUGAAGAAUCAAAGGAUGAAAAAACAAAUGAACAAACUUGUUUGGAUGAGACUCAUGAAACAAAAGCGGUUGAAAGUGAGGAGAUUGAGAAUGAAAGCUCCAGAGACAGCGCCUCUUGCAUUACAAAGCGAGAUCGAGAGGCUUCGCAAGCUUCUAAAUUAACACUAGUAGAAGCAGCAAGCCAUGCAUACAAAGAUGAAUGCACGAGGAUACCUAGUGGAGAAAUUCAUGACAAUAAAGUUCUGGGAGAGGCAUCAAUUGACAAAGAACAAUGUAUCUCAAAGAUGGAGGACCCAAGAAACAUCAAUAAUGGUGCUUCUUCAUAUGAGAUCCUGGGAGUGGAACCAGUACUAAUUAAUCAGAAUUCAAUGACAAUAGUAGAGAAUGUGGAUCAGGACAUAAAAGCAAAUUCACACGACAUGGAAGCACAAAAGGAUGAAUACAGUAAACAAACUGGUUCCAUUCAGUUUCAUGACAUAGAAGCAGUCAACCACAAAGAGAGUGUGAAUCAAAAUUCCAAAGUCAGUGAUUAUGCUGAAGCAUCUAUACCACUUAUGGAAGCUGAAACCCUUGUUCCAAACAAAGAGGAACAUACAAGGAUCUCCCGUGAAGAACAUGAAGUCCUUGAAGUUAAGGAAGAAGCAAUGAUUGAAAAACAACAAUGUUGCUCAGAGACACAAAAGGGAGUAGAGUUCGAACAAGAAAAUGAGGAUUUUUCGCACAUGAUAGAUGUGAAACAGGCCAUAAUUGCUGAAUCAGAGAAAAUCGAAGUACAAACUGGUUGCAAUGAGACUCAUGAAACAGAAGUGAUCAACAAUGAGGAGAUUGAGGGUCAAAGAUCAGAAGAGAGCAACCCUUGCAGUGGGACACACGACAAAGAGAUUGCAGUAGCAACUACAGAAGAAGCUGAAGGCCCUUUUCCGAGUAUACAUGAACCCACUGGGAUAUUUAGGGAAGACAUUGAAGUCAAUGAAGUCAAGAAAGAACCAGUCACUCAGGAUUCACAUAUGACAAAUGCUGCUUAUUCAUACCAGAUUGGGGAUGUAGAGAUUGUACCUGCAACUGAGGAUUUCAUCAAAAUUGUCGAAGAUAUGGAUCAGGACAUAAAUCAGUCAGACACCAUUGAACUACAAAAGAAAGAAAAAACACAUGAACAAAUUGAAUCUAAUGAAAUUCAUGAAACACAAGAGGCCAAUAAUGAGGAGAUUCUGAAUCACUGCUCCAAAGACAGCAACUUUCCUUGUGGGAAACAAGAUGAAGAGAUUGCUGAAGCAUCUACAUUAGUCAUAGGAGCUCAAGACCUUGUUGCAAGCAACGAUGAAUGCACAAAGAUAUCUAGUGACAAGAUUAAUCUCAAAGAAGUUGAAGAAGCGUCAGAAUUAGAAAUACAGCAAUGUGACUCAAAGACUAAGGAUCCAAAUGAGAUGGAAAUUAGAGUUUCCUCCAACAAGUUCGAGAGGGUGGAGAUCGUAUCAGAACAUGAGAAUUCCUUGAACAAAGUAAAAGAUGUACAUCAGGACACAACAGCUGGAUUAUAUAUAAUUAACGUACAAAAGGAUGAUAAUACGUAUGAACAAAUUGGCUUCAAGGAGAUUCAUGAAACAGAAGUGGUCAACAAAAACAAGACUGAGAGUCAAACCCCUGAAGAAAGUGACAUUUGGGGUGGGAAACAAGACCAAGAGAUUGUUGAUGCAUCUAGACCAAUUAUAGAAUCUGAAAACCAUGUUCCAAGCAUAGAUGAAUACACUAAAAUCUCUGGUGAACAACUUCACGUCAGAAUCAAGAAAGAACCAACAAUUAAUUGCUUAGAGACUAAGGAUCCAAACAAGACAAGUGAUGGUGUUUCUUCAUACCAUAUUAGGGGAGUGGAGAUUGUACCAGGAAAUGAAAGCUCUAUGAACAUUAUGGAAGAUAUGAACCAGGAUAUACAUCCUGAGUCAGACACCAUUGAAGCACAAAAGGACGAAAUAACACAUGAACAAAGUGCUCCUGAUGAGAUUCAUGAGACACAUGAGGUCAGCAACGAGGAGAUUAAGAACGAAUGUGCCCAAGACAGUGACACUUACAAUGGAAAACAAGAUCAGGAUAUUGCUGAAGCAUCUACAUCACUUGGAGAAGCUGAAAACCCAGUUCCACGCAAAGAUGAAUGCACUAGGAUCUCUAGUGACAAAUUUCAACUUAGUGAAAUUAAAGUUCCAGCAGCAAUAGAAAAUAAGCAAUGUUACUCAGAAACUAAGGAUCAAAAUAAGAUUCAUGAUGGUGUUUCCUCAUACAAGGUUGAGGGAGUGGAGCAUGCACCAGAAAAUGAAAAUCUCUUGAACAAAGUAGAAAAUGUACGUCAGGUUGAAAAGGAACUUGAGCUUCAUGGAGACACACAUAGCAACGAGAAACAAUUUAUUGAAGAUGAUAAGGACAUAAAAGUUCAAUUGGACAGCAUUGAAGUACAAAUAGUCAACGAAAAACAGGAAAAAACUGGAUUUAACGGAAAUCAUGAGACAGAAAACAUGAACUAUGAGGAGGUCAGGAAUCGAAGCUCUAAAGAGAGUAGCUCUUGCAAUGAAAUACAAGAUCAAGAGAUUGCACAAGCAUCUAUACCAGUUAUAGAAGCUGAAAACUUUGUCCCAAGCAACGAUGAAUGCACUAGUACUUCUUGUGAGGAUAUUCAGAUAAGUGAAGUUGAGGAGGAAGCAACGAUUAAGAAACAGCAAUGUAACUCAGAGACUGAGGAUCUAAAUAAGAUAUCAAAUGGUGCUUAUCCAUACGAGAAUAUUGAGCCAGCUGCUACGAAGGAGAUGCAUACAGUAGAGCUGAGAGAAGCAAACAGCGCUGGGGAUGAUGCCACUGACAGAAACAUCAAGGAUCAUGUUGGGAAUGGCAGUAUAGAGAAAGCAAAAGAUGCACAUCAGGAUAAAAUACAGAUUGAUAAGGAAAAUCCAAGAGAUGAAAUAGAAUGUAAACAUGAUGAUUCUCAACAAGCUAUAGCACAAGAAGAAACAAAUGAUGAGGUGAAACUAAUGCACACUGUGCAGCCUGAAGACGAAAUAAAUAUGUACGAUAAGCAAAUCAUAGAGGGGAUAGAAAUGCCUGAAUUAAGCAAGUCCAGAGAGGUAGAAGGGUCACUCUCCUUCACAGAGUAUGAGGCCAGGAAAGAGGAAGAGGAGAAAACAGAGCUUGGAGUAUCCAACUCAAAUCAUAUACCAAAUCUGGACUUGCAGCUAGAACAAGUAGUGGAAGAUGUCACGACAAAAGAUGAAUCAGCAAUGACAGGACCAGGAGACCUGUCAUCAGACUUACAGCGUGCUAAUUUUCCCUUAGCAAGUGAAACAAGCCCAGAAUCUAAUAUCUACAAAGGCAGUUGCUCACAAGAGACCAGAAAUGAGGAUGAAUGCCAGUUCUUAGGAAAAGAGCAGACCAAUGAUAUUUCUGGUCAACAUGACUCGUCACCUGAACUAAUUUCAGAAAGCAACAUUGAACAGACAAGUCAGAUCAUCGGUGAUAUUCAGGGACCUUCUGAAAGCUUUGAGCAGAUAAAAAAGCAAUAUAUUCAAGAAGGGAGAAAUUCAGAAGAUAUUGACAUAGAAGAAAGCCACAAGACAGUAAAUAGAGAGCUCAUGGUGGCUGAAAAUCAAAGCAAGGAGAACCUGGAAGAACAUAAAUUUGCAAUGUGUAAUCCUAUAACUACAGAGCUAACUGAAGAAGCCAUUGUUAGCGAUGACUCCAAAAAUGUUGAAAGAGAAACUACAAAGAAAAGUUGUCAAGAAGCUUUAUCAGCAGAAAAAACCCAAUACCAGGUAAACUCUAUGGAUACUAUGGAUAAUGCUUCUGAGAAACCAGGUGAUAAAGAUGGUAAUAUGCAAGAUAAUCUCCAAUUUCAAAAGCAUGAAAACAAACUUGAAUUAAUUGAAUCUGAUAAGAUAGAUGGAUCAAACUCACAAGAUACUCUUCUGCAAGGAGACAUGUCAGAGGCUCUUGAUAGCAGCACACUUGUGGAGAUUCAGCAAGCAAACACUAGGCAGAUGUUUCCUCCACAUGUCGAAGAACUAGAAAUAUUAUCUACACAGGCUGAAGUUAUUAACAAUGGUUCUGAGCUAGAAAAAGAUUCAAGAGAUGUUAGUUUAGGAGAGAUCAAUGCAAAUCAGUCCACAGUAAAAUUGGAGUUGGAUUAUGCCGAAAGGGAAGUUAACUUUCCAAAUCCAAUGGAUGUUCACGUGAAUUGCCAAGAAGUCAGCGGAACUGAACUGAGCUACAUUUUCCCAGAACAUGUAGGAGAAGAGCCAGUCCAAACAGCAUCAUGUAAGCAUGAAGAGACACAGAGAACCAUUAAACCAGUCACAGAAAUGGAAGCAAAGGCAGAUGAUACCUCAUCUGAAAAAUUAGUACAAGGGACAUACUUGUCAGAAGUAGAACAAAUGUACCAUAAAGUCCAAGGCUUAAAAGAUGAGCCUAUUAAGGACUUAAUGCCAAACCAAGAACUAGCAGAAAAAGGCUGGACAACAGGUGAGGCAACGAUAGAGCUUGAAGAAUUAUCAUCAGAGUUUGAAGUUACUAGUUCUACAUCAGAAAACAAGACACAGACACAGACACAACCAAUGAACCAUUUAGAUGGUUCCUCACAAACAAUUCUGAAUAAUAAUGAAGGGCAGGGCUCAAAAAUAUCAGCCGAGAUCCCAAAUGUUUCUCCUCCAAUCAAUUCAGGAAAAAGUUGUGGACCCUCAGGUAAUCAAACUGAAACCUUUCAACAGGAACCUGAGCCCCAUGGUGAGGAACUCACUAAAUCAGAUGAAGCUGAUCAGGAAAUGCAUCACCAAUUAAAAAGCAGUCAGCUCAUAGCUGAAGAAAAAAGUUUGCCUGACUUUGGAGCACAUGAAGCCACAAGAAAUGAGGAUAAUCAGGAUAAAAACACCGUUCUUCCUAAUGAUCCUAUCCUAGCACGACAAAACAUGUCACUUGACAAAGAAGAAAAGACAGUAAUGGAGGAAGAACAGGAAACAAGUAUGGAGAAUAACAAUUCAUCUGUUGAUGGUGGAGAAGCUGUCAGUGCUACUAGAGAAGGGCCCGCUGAACACAUGGACUCUGAAGAAAUAUACCAAAUCAAGGACACGAAAGAAGAUGACAUUUAUCUCCUGCAGAGCAUAGUAGCAGAGAAAGAGCACGAACUCGAAGGAAAUCUUGAUAAGCUUUCAGCCUCGUUUCAGCUUCCAGAAGCAUGUAAUGUCCUGAUGGAAAAGGUCAGUGAAGAAGUUGCUGAUGAUAUAGUUGCCAUUGUUGAUACAAGGCAACUACAGGAUGACAUUAGAGAUGAAUCAGAAGAGCAAAGUAAAACUGAAGCAUGCACAGAAAAGGGUGUAUCUGUAAUUGAGUCUGAAAGAAAUGGAGCUGCCACACUUCCAGCAAAAGAUCCUAUCAAACAAAACUUAGAGGAACCAACAAUGGAAAAUCCCAGCAUUGUGAAUAAUAAAAGUGGAGAGCAUGUGAAUCAGGAAAAAUCAUACAAUGACCCUACCGAAACACAAGCUGACUCAAACACGUUGGACUCUACUAAAACUUUGUCAUCCAACAUCAAUCAAGAAUUUAGUGCACAAACAAGUUUGAUGGUCAGUGACAAAACAGCACAGCAAGAACAAGUCAUUCUUCACACAGAACGAAAAGUCGAAGGAGAAACCGCACUAGUGAAAUCCAAAUCUGAUGAGGAAAUACAAGACGAACACGAAGAUUCAGAUUUGAAGGUUCCUCUUAUGUCAGAAGCUCUAAGGGAUAUGGAGCUUAAAGCAACCCAUAAAAAAUCACAUAACAUACUAUCAGGAGUUGGGUCGAAAGUGAAACAUUCGAUUUCCAAAGUGAAGAAAGCCAUGACAUGCACAACAUCUCAGUUUGCACCAGAAGAAGUCAUCAUUAAGCUAAAUAAAAAUAAGAACUUGGAUAAGUCAUAAUAAAGCUUGCAUUAUGUUCUUUACAAUUUCUUAUUUCACAAAGAUCAUGUCCAUCACUUCCUAUGCUAUUAUGCUCCUAUGAAGUCUGUCUACUUAAGCAGAAUAUUGCUGGUAUAUUUCAUUUAUCUGCACAAUGUAAGGUAAAAAUUAUAUGUAAUUACAAGUUUCAAUUUUGUGAA